AUGUCAGAAUGUUCUAUUAGUUUUGAAUUCUUUAAUAUACCUAAGAUACUACCAUGUGGACACACCUUUUGUUUGAGGUGUAAAGAGAGAUAUAUUGGAAAUAAAAAAAAGAAAUUCCGCUGUCCUAUCUGUAAGCAGAACGUUAAGAUUCCAGAAGGUGGU